ACCAGCGGCUCUUUCACGAAAGAUUUGGAAAGGCAACUGUCCCUGACACUCGGGGAGGAUUCUCCCCAGCAGGUGCCGAAUGAUGAAGACCUCGGCGUAGAAAAACCAAGAACUGGCGCUGGAGCGGCCGCCUCACCUGAAGACAUCGCCGCAAGUAGCAUUGACGGGGACGACAGCAGUAGUUCUUCCAUUUCUUUGGGCGGGGAAGCAGCGACGCAGCUGAAGAAUCUCGUAGUUGCAGAGGAAGAAGAUAAAGAUGCUGUUGCUGUUCAUGCAAAAGAACGCGAGGGGGCCGGGGACGGGGUGGUAGAGGCGACGCUGAACGACGUGGUGGAACUGCUUCCCGGUGAGAAAAAAGUCGAAAAGCAGCAACAAGACGCCUCCCCAUCAUCUUCCAAGCGAAGAACCAAAACCGGCUACCUCCGCACCCCAGGACAUAUCAAAGAAACAAUCGAAGACCACAAACCGUAUCAAGUGUAAAAAUGUCUGGGUCUGGAAGAGUGCAUGUUUGCCAUGCUUGUCUGGCAUGACUCUCAAAUCUGUCAUGCACGUUGCCCAAGAGCGCCACUUUUCGUUUUCUGUCAUGUAGAAACGCAGUUUGUCAUGCAGAAUAGGCAACACCUAGAAGCUCAGAAACUUGUCAUGCUGAGCGAGCACUUGUGGCCUCCUCAUGAUACGCCACCCAGCGUCACAAGUUUCCAGACCCAGACACUUUUACUUUUGAUAAACCGGAGCAGAUGCUGAUUUUCCACGACGGCAGUCGGUUACCGUACUCCAUUUACGACGUACGCAUUGCAAAUAUGAUGCCUGGGUCUGGAAAAGUGCUGUAACUUGUCAUGCUACAUCUGGAUCGUGGAAAAAUUUGUGUUGCAUGAUUACCAAAAGAGGUCCACUUUUGAACAAGUUUAGAGGCAGUUUCUCAUGCAGGAAUGGCAUGACUAUAGAGAUCUCACAGAACCUGUCAUGCUAGGCAGUGCGUGCCAGACCGCGUGGGUCAUGGAAAACCUGCAUGACAAACCUAGCAACUUUCCAGACCCAGACACUUUUGCAUUUGAUACGACAUGAAAAAGGACCAUCCGGACUGUGAAUCCUUUGCGGACUACGUGGAAAAAAUCGUUUGCAACAGCGACAUAUCCAGUGCAAAAGUAUCGCGCUCGUACCAAUUGCAAGUAUGCGUGACAAAUCUUGUCCUUAAGGUAAAACUGCAUGACAAGUUCCAGCUCUCAUGCUGAGCAAAUUUGUAAUGCAAUUGAUUGCACUAAUACGAUACUUUUGCAAUGCAUACGACAUGGUGAAGCACAAGACGAUUCUGUGUGAGCAGCGCGAUUUCCUGGUGGAAUGGAACUACUGUUUUGAAAAUGAUGUUUACGGAGAAACGAAAUCUUCGGAACAUCAAAUAGAUCCGGACUAUGCGGACGUCAUUACGAAGUCGAGGCAGUUGUCGCAGUGCGUCAAUGUCUGGCUGCGGCUUUUGAAAGCGAGCAUUGCGAAGUUUGACAAGAAUACGGUGAGUGUUGCCGAUUACGUCAAAGCCUUCGAGUUGGAUGAUUUGGAACUAGCAGGGGAACGGGAACAACUGGAAGCUCCUGCUGUGAAUGAGGAGUCCUUGCACAUCCUGCGGGAACGACUUGCAAUCAUUCGGGAAUCGCUGUAUAUUAUGGGUUUUUCGUGUUUUUUUUCGUCUGAAUCUCAUGCGGUUUUGCUUUUGUCCUGCACAGUGAUCUGUAGUCAACACGCCAUGAUGUGAACGACGUAAAUUUUUACAGUUACACUACAAAAACAAAUAUAAAUUAUCAAUCACAGAACUGCAAUCAAGGACGAAGCUUAUUGGAUAUUCCGCGACAGCAGCUUUGCCUGGAUUAACGAAUUCUACUACGCCCGGCCGGGGUUGACUUUGCGGGAAACUCUUUUGCAGCGGCCGGUCUUGUUUGAUGAGGAGAAGAGACUGAUCCUCGCAGCUGAAACGGAAGAAACAGAGGAAAGUGGAACCGAAGAAACAGAAGAAAAUCAGAAAAACGUCGACUCUUGGUCCUCUUGGUGCGACGGACAUAGCAGCGGCAAAAAAGCCUCGCCGUAUGAGACUAAGAACCGCAAGAACUUCUCCGCUUCCCCGCGACCACCGGACUUUUACUGCAAGCUGACGGAUAGUUUUUCCUAUGGGAUCCCGUAUGAUCGGUGGGCCGUUUCGAUCGAAUAUCUGGAAGCGAAGAUGAAGCAUCUGACGCUGUAUGGGCGGUGGAGGUUGGACGAAAUGAGUAAGCCGGUGACGGUGGAGGAAAUUUGGGAAAAGCUGAAGCAAGAGCAACAGGUGGAUUUGAAUUUGUUGAAUGAGAAAAAUGGUGAACAAGUGGGACAAGGUCAAGGCAGCGGAGGUACUAUCCCCGGUAGCACCACAGUUGUGAAGAGCAACAGGAUCAGCAAGGGCUUCGUCGGCAAUUACUGGCUCGACCAAAGUUUCGCAAGAAGACCUGACUCAUCUUCUUCCGGUGGGGGUCGUAAACAUGGUUUAUUGAAGAAAACUAUUUCUGUCAAGGCGGAGACGGUAGCUGACCUGCUUGGCGACGAUAGUGGUCAACUUGUUCCGCAGGAUGAGACGACGAAAGUGCCGCAGGAGGAGGGGGCCGUCGAGGUAUCACGAUUACUUGUUCUACUGUGGUUGCAGCGAAUGCAAAGUGUUGCGUUCAUGUUGCGAAAGGAGCAAGUGUCAUGUCUAUAAUUCCUGGAAGUAGAGCAUGCAUGUUGUGCAUUGCAGUACUGGUACUGUACGAAUCAUGAUAAGUAAGUAAAAAUUCCCAUCGAAUAGAUCCGAAAUGAAAAUAAAUACGAAUGAAUUAGGUACAGUCGCAAGAAAUCCUAGCGCCGGAGGUCAACAGCGACCAGAACCCGGAUCGCAAAGUCAAGGCCCACCUGCUCCAAGAAUUCGAGUCCAGCUUGUUACCACAACACGACGAUGAGUUAUUUCUCAGCCCGCGGGAUCAAGAACCUGAGGGUGAGGACAGCAAAAAGUUGUGUACAACUACUGGCGCCGCUGAUAAAGCAGAUGCAGAUGGGGAUGGUCACAACAGCUCUUCCGCCGAGGAGGUGGAUGACGGUGAGGAGGUGAAAUUCCCCCCCUACGAGAAAAACCGGCUUUACGACGGCGGCAAUUUCGACCCCUCCGUCCCAUUCUUAGUGUUUCGCGUGACGAAGAUAUGCAUCGCAAAGUAGGCAUCGCGCCACGUAUUAAUUGCAUCACAAGAAAUUUGUAAACUUUGCAGCAACCUGAAAAGGAUUUCUCAUGCAGCAGCAGCACAAAUACUUAACAAUAAGACAAAGAAACCCAAACCGGCAGCGAAACAGCACAUCUGUCAUCGCAUGAAUGCAAUUAAAAUACGAGCAGGAUACAACUUUUGCAGAAGUUGAUAGCAGAAACACGACAGCGGUAGCAUGUUCCACUCUUUACGCCUCGCAGUGCCGGAGAACUUCAUGACGCUGGGGGAGCCGUGCUCCGCCUUGGUCCGCGAACCGGGCACCCAUGCGGCGCUGAGUGGGCAGGAGAUUAUUAAGCAGCAGGCGGGGCACGGGCGGCUGUAUUUCUAUGCAUUGCAAAUCCAAAAGUAUCGCUCAUCUAGUAUAAAAUGCAUGACAAAUUUCUUCAGCAUGAGGAAUGAAAUUUGUAAUGCAGAUUUAACUUGACAGAGACAUCUGUAAUGCAUUAAUCCGAUUAGAAGUACGAUACUUUUGCAAUUCAUAAUUUUUCAACGUUGGCGAUUCCGAUUGACGUGGCCAGUCCGGACAGCUUGCCGUUUUACGUUGUAUCCAGUGCAAAAGUACCGCACUCCUACUCGUAUCGUAAUCAUGCAUCACAAAUCUUUUUCUUGAGGUGCAUCAGCAUUACAAAUUUCAUUUCUCAUGCUGAGGGAAUUUGUGUUGCAUUCAUACGACGAGUGCGAGACUUCUGCCAUUCAUACGUUGUGGUGGAUAACAAAAAGCUGCUUCCCUGGAAGUGCUCAGCCGAUCGAUGGGUAACAGACGAGAGGAGCAUCAAGCACCAACAUGCCGCACGAGGAGGUAAGAUUUGUUUGAAAAUCCGUCGUAGAAGUAGUUGCAGAGUCAAGAAAAAGAAUUAGAAUAGACAUAGAGCAGACGCAUGGAAACAAUAAGAAUAACACACCAUCGUCAAAAAAAUCUAACUCACCCUAAGUAUAAGUACUUAGAAAAUAAACCUGAUUUGUUCCUGACAUGUGGACCACGGGUGGAAUAGAGAUUGCUACAUACUUGAUCUAUCAUCACAGGCAACUACAUCAAGGAUAAAAGAAGUACCACCACCACCUCCUGUUCUUUUUCCGAAGCCCUUCCCAGCGGUCGCUCCCACGCGGUUUCGUCCUACUUUAAGAAGGGCUAUGUCACAGAAGUUUUCUUCGACCUCGACACGGGGGAAGAGUGGCAGGAUAUUGCAGUGAACAGUGCCCCCCACCCCCAAAGUUGCAAAAAUUUGUAAUGCGAAGUUUCCAAAUGAAACCUUUUUGUCAUGCAUGAAAGGAAUAUGAAUCUUUCUGAUGCAGAUUCUAGUGUUGUUUCGCAUCGCUUGCAUGACAAGCACCGCUCUUGCUGGGAUCUUUUGCAAUACAAACUUUUGCUAUUCACGAUCGGAAAUCUGUGAUGCUGAUACAGAGGGCGAAUGUUUCAUUUGGAAAGGUUUGCAAUGCAAAUGCUUUCAAGUUCGGGGGUGGGGGCAUUUUUCAUUGUAAUACAGGAGCCCCGGAAUUCCUUCACCAUUCAGGAGUACUGCGACCGGCAGUUCACCCAGCUCAAGAGCGACAAAGACGGGAUGUGGGAAAGCGCGCCAAAGCACCGUGCCGACGCGGUAAAAAUGAUCGGCUUUCUUCGACAAGGUAUGCAAUGCAAAAGCAUAUCAAACUAGUUGUAGUACUCGUUUAAUAUCGCAUUUUUCCAGCUCUGCGUGCGGGUGCGGAGGACGAGCACGACUAGUACGCUUUCUAAUCUCAGUCAGCAUGACUACAGGUUUUUUCUUUUUGUAUCUUUGCAAUUAUUUCUGCUAGUACAUAUACAUAUUACAACAGCAGUGCUGUAAAAACUUUUGCAAUGCAUACCAGGGCAGAUGUGCCCCGUGCAGGUUUGCACAAAGAACAUGUUGAUGAGUGCCAUGGUGUACCUUCCGCAUGUAUCAACUGCAAAAAUGUCUGGGUUUGGAAGAUUGCAACUUUUCAUGCUGUUUGUGGACUCUAAAAAAAAAUUGUAUUGCAUGACCAGCAAGAGGGGUGGAAUUUGUGCUACACGCACAGGGCAUUUCUCAUGCGGAAGGUCCAUCAGGAAGGGUUCUAAAAAUCUGUAAUGCUAGGGCAUACAUCACAGACUAUCAUGGGUCAUGAGAAAUAAUAUACAUAACAAAUCUUGCAUCCUUCCGGACCCAGACACUUUUGCACUUGAUAGCAUGUCCGAGCGCAGGAGAGUCGCAUUCAGCGGUUCCGGGAGAACUGGCUCCAGAGGGUUGAAAAAAGAAACUACGAAAAAAACAUGAAUUACCCACAGAAAAAGAACUAUCCCCAUCCGAUUUGUCCUGCAGAGCAUGCAUGAAAAACAAAAAAUCCUGUGUAGUCUGUCGUCCAAAAAAUGGAUGGGGAUUUGGUUGUUUUUCUUCGGAUAUCCCGGAAGCAGCUUGGUGGCACAAACAGAAUGGUGGAACGAGUUGCACUAGUACCUCUGAGGAAGGCAACAUAGAAGGAACUGGAGCAUCAACAACUUCGUGGUAUGACUGGAAGAAGGGAACAUCAAGUAGAAAUGGCUGGGAACAAGGAGCUUCCGGCACCGCUGAAAAUGAUGAGCUGCAAAAAGAAGCAGAGCAGCAUGAGGAGCAAGACCUGCUAAUCCUUGAUGACGACGAGGAAAAAAACGAUGCUGGAGAUGUUGACUCAACCGCAGCAGGUGCUGGUUCACAAAAGCAAAAAACCGCCGCCACCACUGCUGAAGAGAAAAAUAAAACUCGGCGCCGCCCGUAUCCUGAGUAAAAACGUCCCACACCAGAGUCAAGCUGGGAAAUCUGCUAGACAAAUCUGUCAGCUUUUGCUGUUGCGCAUGACACGUUUGGCCUCGCAGUGUAAUCCUGUUUAGCUUGUUCAGCAGCAUCACAGUUCUAGCAUAUCAUGCUGAUUCUAACAUCACAAAUCCCACAACACGACUAGAGACUGCCUCUCAUGGGUCUCCGCAUGAGAAACAUUUUCAGCAUGCCGAUUUGCAUUACAACUCUGGCGCGUCAAGCCAUCUGCGGCCUGGGGCAGAGGGGGGGGCAAAGUGUGCUGCAAUUCCUUUAGCAUUACAACUCUGGCGUGGGGACGUUUUUACACAGGAUAGCCCGGUCUUUUUCUAUCUCCACGGCGAUCAAUACCGAUCCAAAGUUCACUGCCCCAUCACGAAAUUGCCCAAUUACGCCUACCCGAAAGCGACGGCCGGGCCGUUGAAGACUCUGGCGGAAGACUGGCAGUGGUGCCAUUUUCACACCAGUUUUGACCACUGGAACAACAAAAACAUCACCUUUGACACGUUUGAGCAGAACUGGAAAGUCUUUUCCUUGCUAUCCCAAGCAAUUUUGGUGGACCCGAUGUGCGACUACAGUUGCUACUGGUUCCGCGGGCCGCCGUGCCGGUGCGACGCGGAUCGGUUCCAUCUGGGAAUCGCGGAGGCCUUGGCGAAAUUGAGGAACAUCUUGACCGGCGGCGGGGGAGUUUCAACUGCAUCUAAAUAUGUUGAUGCCAGUAAGAGGACUACAACUUCAACAUCUACAUCUACAGCACCUCCUCAACAUGAUGACCCAGCAGCUGCACUCUGCAUUCCCGGCGUGGACCUUGGCGGGGAUCCGAGCCGCAUCUACCUCUCUGGCGUGUCCAUGGGCGGCUACGGGGUGCUGGAGCUCGCCAGUCUAUGAACUGCAAAUAUGUCGGGGUCUGGGAGAUUGCGAGAUUUGUCAUGCUAAUCUGGCACGGCGACGGCUCUGAGCUCUGUAUUGCGUGGCCGCGAAGUAGAAGAGCUUGUCUUGCCUGUCAUGCAAAAACGCAGAUUCUCAUGGGGAGUACGCAACUCCGAACCACGGUAAAACUUGUCAUUUGCUGGGCAGCGCAUUAGAGUGCUUUCAGUAUAAUUCCCUUCCGUGCAUCACACACAAGUUUCCAGACCCAGCAGACAUAUUUGCAUUUGAUACAGUCUGUGGGGCUACAAAAACGUCGCGGGGAUUCUCGCGCCCGCGAGCUCCCACGAAACGCGGGCGAUUCCGGAAGCCGAGCAUUGGUUUGCGAAGCGGAUGCGCAAUAUCCCAACCUGGUUUUUGCACUGUCCGGGCGACGCGUGGUGCAAGCUAGAAGAAACGUUGUCUCUGAUCGAACGCCUCAAGAAGCUCCACCCACGAGACGUGCGGUUGACUACUAUGCAUUCGCAAAUAUGUCUGGGUCUGGAAGGAUGCAACUUGUGAUGCUUCUUCUGGACUCGAAAAAACUCUGUAUUGCAUAACAGCCAGGAGGCGACGUCCAGUCUGUGCUACGCGGAGACGGCAUUUCUCAUGCGGAAAAAGCAUCAGAAAGCCCUCUAAAAAUCUGCGAUGCUAGGUCAAGAAUUACAGGCGUCAUGGGUCCUGCCAAAUAUGCAUGACAAACUUGGCAAUCAUCUUUCAGACCCAGACAUAGUUGCAAUGCAUAGCUACCGCGUCGAAGCAAUCUUCCCGUGAGUUUUUCCACUUUUCCGGGCACAGUUCCCCCGGGUACGCAAACGAAUCGCUGGCCGCUUUGAAGUGGCUGUUCGGGUACCGCAGCUACAAAAACGUGCGGAGCAGUUGCACAACGUCCUCAUCAAUCAAGAACAAAGUUUCAUCAUUGGGUGUAGCUGUACCCCAUCAGGAACCUCCGCAGCCGUCAGUUGUGGAUGUGGAGAAGGAGAUCGCGCCGCUCAUGUACUUAUGCAAUGCAAAAGGACCGUAGUACUCGUAGUAAUGCAUCACAAAUUUCCUCAGCACGAGAAAGAAAAUUUGUCAUGCGGAUCUACUUUAAGAAAAAAAUUUGUAAUGCAUGACUGCAAUUCCAAUCACUACGAGUGCGAUACUUUUGCACAGGAUAGUACUGGCGACCGUCGAAAACUUGCUAUCCGUGGAACGGGGAGCAGAUAUCAAGCGCAAAAGUAUCGUACUCGUAUGUUGAAAAAUUCUUGCAAUCGUGCAUGACAAACAUCUUUCCCGACCUGAAUCCGCAUCACAAACUGCACUUUUCCUUUUGUUCUUGCCAAAAGCAAAAUUUGUGAUGCAAUUCACAGUAGUUUCGAUGCUUUUGCGAUGCAUAGCAGAUCACGAAUUACUACUGGAAGUACUUAGAGGAGCAGUACUUUGACAUGGCAAAAUACGACGGGUCUGAUGUGCUUUGGAAGGUGUCGGAGCCGGCGCGAAAAACAAUUACGAAGUCCAGUGCUGGUGGUGCCACUGGUAGUCCUAGUCCAGCAGGAGGACGAGAAGCCGGGUAUGGUGAAGAAAAACCAUCCACAGAAAAAUCGCAAGCGAAACAUAAGGAGGCCGAGGAUGAGGAACAACGAGUAGAUAAUAGCCAGCGUGACCACGACGACGAGUCUGAUCGAAGAACGUCCGCUAAGGCCCACCGGAUGAACAAGCUGCUGUUCUAUUCUCCGACAGGUGCUAAUACAGGGGAAGAGCAAGAUGAAAUCGAAAUGACGACGAGUGGGCUCGAACUCGUGGAAGCUGCUGCUCCUGCUGCUGCUGGAAGUAGUCGGGAUGGAGACAAGAAGUACGAUCUUGGUGAAGAUGUCCCAGCACAAGGUCGUGAUGCAGGAGAUCAGGGGCACGGCGAGGAGGAGAAAUUUAGAUUCUUCGACGGCGUCGAGGAAGAUGAUUUGAAGAUGCUGGAGCAACACGUUGAUUGGGAAGGCGGAAGCAAUUCGAAGAAUAAGACACCAACAAGUAGUGAUGACCGUGCAGCUCCUCCUACCGCUGUUCAGAAUCUUCUGAAGAGCAGUCCUCCAGUUGCUGAGCAGUUGGACAAUCUUUUCGGCGGCGGAACAAGUGGUGAGGGUGAUGCUGGACCACAGAAAGACGUCGACAUCGACAUCCUUGGCGCCAGCCGGGAGUCGAUCAAGGCAGAGUUGCUUGGAACUACAGGGGACAAGAACGUCGGAGGUCGAGCAUCAACUACAACUCGAGUUGAUGUUCUACCUGGGACGUCUGAGGGAAAGAACCGAACCCAAAAAAUGCCCAACGAACUCGAUCUCGCCAGCCCACCGUUGCAGAUCAACCAUCCGGGUAGAGGCCUGAGUGGCAAAGACGAUGAUGUAGAGGAUCAUACACAUACUGAAGACGGGCUACAGGAAGUAGAUCUCCUCGGCGGCGGGCCCGGCGAAGAUGAGAAUUAUGCAACGGGCAGUGCAGCAGCAGCGAGAAAGAAAAAGGGCAAGAAGAACAAGCGCACGAGCAGCAAGAGUCGCCGGUCCUCGCAGGCAAGCAGUGUGGAGGAGAUGGCAGCUACUGGCAGAAAAGAACAGUACGACGAAGAGAAUUAUGCCUCCGAGUCAAGAAAUAGAAACUCGUACUUAACAAAAGAUGACGCCACCGCAGCCGCAGCAAGUAAAAGUCGAGGAUGGCAUCAUGACAAUGAUCAGGACGAGAAGAACUACAAAUCUGCUCAGCAUCAAGAGAAUGUUGACAAGGGGUGGAAAGACGAUUGGAAAUCCAAAUCUUUUUCGUCAGAUAAGAAGGAAAACAGCAGUUACGAAAAUAAAAGCGACAAAGCAGUAGAGUGGCAGCAUGACAAAAAGAACAAGAACUGGAAUGAGAAAGAUUGGAAUUAUGAUCAUGGGAAAAAGAUGAGCGAUAAAGAUAACAACUCAAGAUGGGAGAAGAACAACGAUCGCUGGAAUAAACAGCACGAAAGUAAGGAUGACGACAAAAAGCAAGAUUAUAACGACACCUACUACAACAAACAAGAAGCGCCUUCCAGCAGUUACACCUACAACAAAACUCGAAACUACGACGCUCGCUCCAGCCCGGCAAUAUCCGACAGAUCUUGGAAUAGUGGAGCAGGGUCGUCCUACAAUCAGCAGGGCGGCGGAGGACGAGAAGGGGGUGAGGAUUACAAGAAUCACCAGUGGCAAGGAACUACAAACAGCAAAGAAAAGAGCGGGUACGCUGAGAAAAAGCAAAAUUGGUCAGCGUCGUCUCCUGGCUGGAAUAACAAAGAGGACGGUGAAAAGAAGACAUCUUCAUCUGGCGCUGUCGAGGACAUGAGUAAGAAGUGGUCGGACUGGAAGCAGGAGGGAACCGAUUCAUCUUGGAAAAAGCAGGACCAUCAAAAUGAGAAUUGGAAAAAAGACGAUUGGAAAAAAGACGAUUGGAAAAAAGACGAUUGGAAAAGAGACGAUUGGAAAAGAGACGAUUGGAAAAAAGACGGAAAAGAUGAUUGGAAGAGCGACGGAAAGGCGGACUGGAAGAAAGACGGAAAGGCAGAUUGGAAGAAGAACGGGAAGGAAGAUUGGAAAAAAGGCGGCGAUAGUAGUUGGAAGAAAAGCAAUGCCGACCUCGACGAUGAAUGUGCGGAUAAUUUCUACCACGAGAAAGAUUCUUGGAAGACGUCGAGUUACGGUGAUAGUAAGGAUGAAAACAAGCCGCGGCGGCACCAGAAUACAUCUAGUCAAGCGGCGGGUGCCUCAACCCAGGAUGUCCGAGGAGACUUCAAGCACGAGGAGAAAGACGACCGGACGAACCACGGGAUCAAGCGGGGCUAUGACCGGCGGGGGGGUGGUGCAGGUGCACCUGCAGGUGGUGAUCAGGAUUGGAAAAAGGACUGGUCCUCCGGCGCUUCGUGGGGGGAGAAGAGGGACGGCUAUGAUCAUUUCCGAAAAAAGGAGGACAAGUGGUGAACAGCAAGGUGAGACACGUGUGACGCGGAUUGUUGCCACAGCAUGAUAGAUAUACGAUGAUGCUAGUAAAAAAGUGCCAUGAGGUUGAGGUAGAAGUUCAAGUUACAGAGCUGUCCCAACGGCGAUGGUGGUCUUCAUCAUCAUCUUGCGCCCGGAAUUGAUAUUUCCAAGAAGGAACAGCAACAAAGCGCUUUUGUUUCACGAUUCAAUCCUUUGAAAUGCCCGGCAUGCCCGGAUGCCGGAAGAACGCAGCUCUCACGUUAGUAGGACUAGGAACUACACUUCUACCAGUUUAUGAACAU